UUCACUACUGACCUCUUUCCUGUAUCUUUUUCCGAGUAGACGCGAGUCUUACUCACGCCGUUUACUCACACGUUCACCUCCUCUCGUAGUCGAUUCACCCUCGUUCGGUGGCAGCUUUAUUUAAAGUACCCGAGCGCGCCUGUUCUUUCAUCUGUCAGAGUCCUUCGGCGUGUUCAGCUGAGGAGUUCGCGUAUACGCCUGCUCUCGUACACAAGAUUGAGUUCUCCUGCUACGGCGUGGUUUCUAUCGUCCCGUUGCUGUGGGUGCCGAAUUCGUGUGCUAUCAUGAAGACCUUCGCGUGUUCCCGUCUUCUCGGACUUGUGGUGCUGGCCGGCGUAGUUCUUACGACGACGGCGGAGACCUCUGCGUACACUGACUACUACAUGGAGGACCACUGCUCGCCGUCCAACACGGCGGACCGGUACCGGGCCCGCACCGAGACGCAGUCCAUCUCGUUCCGGCUCAAGUCUCCGCUCCAGGAACGGCUGGACGAGCGCGGAUGCCGGGCCGGACUCAGCUUCACCACGGUGAACGAGACUUACGGAUUCCUCGUCACCCCCGUCGCCAUCGACAUCCCGCGCGGACCCACGAACUCCUGCGUCAACUUCAUCUGGUUCGAUGGCCUGGCCGAGGACGAGCUGAACGGCAAGCGCCUGUGUGGCGACAGCUUUCCCAAGACCAGCGCGGUUCGCACCAAGGGAGACCGCUUCACCAUCUGGUGGUCUUCAGAACCCAGCAAGGACGCUGACCGCAAGGCUUCCUUCAACGUUGUCAUCGCCUCCUACGUCAACCGAUCGUCCGAAGCCGAGUGUCCGGAGUCGUGGCGUCGCUGUGACAACGGCGCCUGCCUCGAACCCCUGGUCUGGUGCGACGGCAUCGACAACUGCGGCGACGGCAGCGACGAGACGGAAGCCAACUGCGGUGAGUCUCCCAGCACAGUGUUGUCCAUCCCGGGAAUCAUCAUCAUCGCUGUCAUCGUGGUCCUCGUCAUCAUCGCCAUCGGAGUCGUCGUUUACGUCUGCAAACGGCGCCGGGCCUACCGGGCCGCGUAAACGACGGCACGCUUCCGGAAGGGAGAGUCGGCUUCAAGGAACUCGCUUCGCAGGUGACGUCACAUCCGUGUACCUGUCUACUUAGCGUCCCAGUCUGUCGUCACUUCUGUCUGCCGCCGACCUCGUCGCGCUAACGGGCACGACAGAAGCAGACGACAGAGUUGCAGACGACAGAGUGGUUUGAUCUUGACUGGAUACAGAAGUAUGGUCACUGCGGAGUGGGAUGUUCGUUGAAGGCGAAACUAUGUGUGUACAUACAAGUCAGAACUGCGAAUGUUCCACUCUGAAUCUUUGUGAACAUUUUUGCUUAGAUUUUAAAGUGAACGCGAGGAAACGUCACGCUGGUCGUGGCAUCGUCUUCUCCUCGAGUUGUUAAUUUCAAGAAAUUAGGCAACGCACGCUUUGAUUAGCGUGCCUCGCAAAAGAAAAAAAAAGAGGAAUGGUGAAAACCGGACUACUCGCUAUUGUCAUCUGUUUAAAAAAAUACGCAACGGCCGGAUUUCAGGACAGGCCUUCGCUUUUGGUCUCAAGGCACGAUCUCGUAUUAAAUAAUCCAACUUCAGGAUGUCGUCAACUGAAGCUCAACACGGUCCCUUCGCAAACAGCGCGGCUCAAGGCGAAAACCUCGAGAUUAAAUUCGAGCUUAGCGCUAGCAAAUUCGACGCCAUGCUUUGAUUAGGCUACAGACCCAACGUCUGUCGCAGCACCGACCUCCGUUUUGGGCCUGCAGCCUAAAACACGUCCUACUACAGAUAGGCGGGGUAGGGAAUUCCUGGCGUCCAUUAGUAGGUGACCGCCACCCCCGCAUGUGACUCACGCGAAACGUUUUCAAAUCGACGUGGACUUGAAAUGACUGGCCCCUGAGUCAGUGCGCGGUCAUCCGGGUCUCCACGGCAGCUGUCACCGGAAGUGACGGAUUGGUCCCCUCCCGACUAAUGUUUCACUCGAACCACGAGUCGUGGUAUGAUGACUAGGCAUUCGCGCCUGCGUGUCAGCUGUCAGUGAGCACUCGACGUAUUUCUGUCAUUUCCGCGACAUCGUGCAUCAUCGUUCGCAGUCAUGCAGGCUUCUUCCGGAAAAUUAGAUGACUAAUCAAGUGUGUAGAUGGGUGGGAAUAGCAUGGUACUUCGUGCUAGCAUGAAUCACGUAACCAAGCCAAUGUACAGUCACCUGGAUUACGCAGUACAAUGAUCUGUAGUUCGGUUUCCUUCUACCAUCUAGGACAUUUAUAACAGGAACGGUUGAUGAGCGAUGUGGUGCAGAUGUCGAACAUAUCUCAACGUGUACGUUCCACACGAAACAUUCCUUACUCAAUCUUUAAUUUCUUUCUUGUGACCAAGAGGUUCCUUCCUUUUUUUUUUUUUGAAAACCCUGUCACACGGCCCGCAAAAUUGGCAGCUCGAAGAAUUUCGGCUCACAAGUUCACCGGUGUCACACUCUCCGGUGCUGCAAGCCGCCCUUUACAUUGUCGACGUUAAAGCCCUUCAGUUUAAAGACCCUAUCUCUAACUGCCCGUUUCUGCGGACCAUGUGGCAUGGUCGUGACUCGUUCUGCUUUGUAUUGUUCGUGUACUUCAUUCGUUGCCGCUAGCAUCACUCGACUGUACGAUGCUAUAAUGGCAUACAAACUCAAGCGCGCGACCUCGUAUGGACUUUGAAGUGUUCAUGGGUUACGAAACGCGUGCUUUAGGGCGGGUAAUAUUUUGUACAUAUGUAUACAUUUUCGCACAGUUGUAUUUUUACGCGUCUCUUUCUUUUUUCCCUGUACACAUUUAGCAAGCAUGUUGUAACCGGUGUGAACAUACCAUGCAAUUGAAAUUAAGUGUAUCUUUAAUGACACACAAUCACCUUCCGCAAGGGGCAUUUUUGUACCCACCCAGCCCUGGUCACACCUGGAUCGGGCCCGUUCGUGAACAGCCAUAGAACAGCCGCAGUUUGUUCUGCUAACCACGUCGUUCGCUUGAAUACAGGUGCGAUCACGACUCGGUGGAUUGUACAGCCAACGUUUACAAAGUGUCACGAAUGAAUGUGUUUGUUUUACAGGUGAUGCGGUAUGUUGUUGAAUGUUGGAAUAUACUUUGAAUGGUUAACUGGAUCUAUAGCUCACGAAAAGUCACUUGUCCCUCACCAUGCGAACCGAUCCGUAAUUCUCACGUUGCCAUAAUCAGACCUUCAACGCUAAAGAACCACGCGUGAAACGCUGCGCCGGCUUUAGUGUUCUUUUGUUGUUGUUGUUUUCUCUUCCCUAGGUACUACUCCCAUCACUUCGAAACAACCUCGCACGUCGUCUUUUUGUUCACGUUGCCUCUCUUUGUGUAACCCUCUCAAGGGUUUGAACGUUCUCCGCUUACAACUUGUCUUAAAGCGCACAUACCUACUUUUUCUCGCUAAUUCCUGCUCUUCACAGUUCGUACAUUACACGUUUAUUUGUUUGUUCUUGUGUUGUGUCCAGCGAGGUUUUGUCUUUUUUAUGUAUACAUGUGCAACGCGUGUCAUAUUUAUUGAUCACUACUGUCUUCGUGCGAUGAAACCAGCUGCUUUGUCUGCCAUUUCAACGCCUAAUAAAACGUGGGCUGUACAAAUCAA